GCUCACUGCAAGGAAAAUACAUUUAACCUACUUCUAUGUCUGUCGACGUUCUAGUCACUAGUGCUGUAAUGACUGUGCCUUUUCAGGUUGCUCGACGUGGGUCAUAUCUGAAAGUAUCUUUUCUCUCUCGUACCGCAACCACAGUAGGGAGAUUUUUUACCACGUCUUCAAGAACAAUUGACAUUUCUGCACCUCGUCUAGUAGCUAAUCAAUUACACAACUUCCAACAACCAAGCUCUACUGGCACUUCUUCUUCCCCCAGACGGACUUUUUCUUCCUCCCCAAACAUCAACGAAAAAAAGAUGCCGGCCACGAUUUUCGAUAAGAUCCUGGACAAGGAGAUUCCCUCCGAGUGUGUCUACGAGGAUGAUGUCUGCUACGCCUUCAACGACAUCUCUGCGCAAGCUCCGAUUCACUUCCUGGUCAUUCCGAAGGCUCGCGACAUUCCCCGUAUCUCCGAGGCCGAUGAAAAGAAGCACAAAGAGAUCUUGGGACAUUGCAUUAUGAUAGGAGGAAAUCUUCGUAUCUAAUAUUAUAAGUAUUGAACAAUUUUACUAUGAGUAUGUAUAUAAGUAUAUCCAUAUCGUAUCUAAUAUUAUAAGUAUUGAAGAAUUUUUACUUAUUUGAGUAUGAAGUGAAGUAGUUUGCAAAAGGAGAAUUUAGGUGAAGUAUGUGUAUCUGUAUGGAUUAGUAUGGAGAGAGAGAUAGUUGAGGAAUGGAAUUGGAAAGAAUGAAUGAAAUGAUACUGUUUUUGGUCGUGCUGGUUAGUUAGUCCCUUAACGCCUAACGGGAGCCUCCUCUUCUCUUUCCUUCCACCCCUUGAGCCGACUUCUCUUCUCUUUCAUUCCGCUGUACAUCGCUGGCAAAGUUGGACGUGAAAAGUGCGGAGAAGACGGCUUCCGCGUUGUGGUGAACGACGGCGAGAAAGGUGGUCAGACUGUCUACCAUCUCCAUCUGCACGUUUUGGGUGGACGCCAACUCACCUGGCCACCGGGUUAAGCGUUUCAACCGCACUUUAACUGACAGUAUAAGAGUGGAGACUGGAGAAAAGCGAUUUAUUUGAUAUUUCUUGGUUUAGGUAGGAGUCAGUGGAUGUGGAGAAAGGUGGAAGCACAAGCACAAGCAGGAAGUGUUUUGACAUUUCUUCCUCUAGGUAGGAGUGGACGUGGAGAAAGAUGGAAGCAGGAAGCUGCUUGCGUGGACGAGAGGGAGAAUGUUGGAAGCAGGAAGCCGCUUUCAUGUUUGUCAAGUGCUGUUUGCUUUCUUAAAACGAAACGCAUAAAGAAGAUAAAGGUGACUUGGAGUCGGUGGAGAAGAUUUGAGGGUCUAUCCUCACACAACAUAUUCAAUACAUGACAAGAGCGACGCACUUCAUUGCGAGCAGACGACCAAGUAGAAGGUGUCCUUUUUUUUUAUUCUGGGAGGUCAUCGUCAUAAUAACAGCUGACAGGCAAGCGC